CACACCCUUGCAUGUACCUUCCGCAUUUAGUGCAGUCCUUACUCUUUGAGCCCCCAGCAGGUACAAAGCUAGUAGAGCCAUGACCAGCACUAAGAUAUUCACGUUGUCUGAAAUCCACCAGAGGACAAGCAGAGGAGAAUGCCUGGUUAUUCACCGAAACAAAGUAUACGAUGUGGCCCCAUUUGUCAGAAUGCACCCUGGGGGUGAACAAAUGAUCAAGCAACGAGCCGGCCAGGACAUAACGAGGACCCUGGAGAGCGCCCCACACCGCCACAGUGCCAAUGCCUAUCGCUGGUUGGAACAAUACUACAUCGGAGAUCUGAGGGGUGAAAACCACACUCAGGGCCAGAGUCUGAGAAAACGAGAAACCAGGUCUGAGGACCACUAUGAUCCUCUUUCUUAUGAACUGAAGUGCAAAACAGUUGAUCCCAAAAAUGACUUGGUUGACUGGAGUAAACCUUUGCUGUGGCAGGUGGGCCACCUUAAGGAACGGUACGAUGAGUGGGUUCAUCAACCUGUGGAUCGACCAAUCCGUCUCUUCUAUUCAGAUUUUGUAGAAGCAUGUUCCAAAACUGCCUGGUAUAUGGUACCUCUUGUCUGGAUUCCAGUAAUUUUUUUCCUUUGCUGGCGUGGCAGUAACCUUUUGUCACAAGACUAUAAUCUUUAUUCAUCAGAAUUCUCGGCUCCAGUAUAUAGAUUCCUAUUUCCAUGUUGCUUUGUGAUGGGAAUGUUCACCUGGUCAUUCUUGGAAUACAGCAUACAUCGAUUUGUCUUCCACAUGACCCCUCCAGCGAACAACUACUACCUCAUCGCCGUGCAUUUUAUGUUGCAUGGACAGCACCACAAGUCUCCCUAUGAUGAUUCCCGAUUGGUUUUCCCUCCAGUCCCUGCAUCUAUGGUUGCAGGACUAUUUUAUGGUCUGUUGUGGUUCAUGUUACCAGAAGGCAUUGCUGUAUCCUUGUUUGUGGGUGGUCUCACAGGCUAUUUGAUCUACGACCUUGUCCACUAUUACCUUCACUAUGGCUCACCACAUAAGGGAACCUACCUGUAUGACAUGAAAGCUUACCAUGUAAAGCACCAUUUUGAACAUCAAAAAUCAGGGUUUGGAAUAACAAGCAAAUUUUGGGACUAUCCUUUCAGCACUUUGAUACCAGAAGAAACGUUUGAUGAACAGCAGUAAGAAGACACUAGGUUAAAAACCAUUAUCAGAAAAGCCGAAACCAUUAUCAGAAAAGCUUACUUCUCAUGUCACUUCAAAUUAGCUUAGUUUGACAUGUUAUCAAGUAUAUAACCACGUUCAUGGUUUAAGGUCCAUGUCAGACUGGUUAUGUUAAUUAAUAAAUGUAUAAUUGACAGGCAGGGCCGCUUUGUAGUUCUGACCUUGUGUCAGUGACAGAAAAGUCUCUUGUUUCAGAGAUGCUUAUAUUUACAGUUGCUUCAUUAUGAUUUGUAGUGUACUUGGAAUGGUUUAAAGUAUACAACAAUGCCUGCCAAAACAUGGGAAAAAAAAAACUUUCAUUCUGAAAAUAGUCAGUUUGACUGGUAAACAUUGGUAAACAUCUACACUUGCCCUACAUAAGAAAGAUAAUUCUUGAAUAUAAGUAUAGGGAUAUGCAAUCAUUUUGAAACAUUUCUUGAUAACAUUUGUGCCUGUGACAGUUUGUUUUAGGUCCACAAGGUCAGCUUUAUAAACAAAAUUUCCAUGAGUCUUGAUUACCCAAAAGAUGAAAGACAUGAACAUCCAUGCAUAUUUAUUGCUUGAUCUGGAACAGCAGUUUCUAAAAUGUUUAGCAAAAAGGGCAGGAAACAUUAUUGUCUGAAUACUAAGAAGUCGGUGAGUGUUAGCAAAUAGACGUUGAACAGUAAACUACAAAUCAGGUCUGAUCAAGAUCCCUCAUUUUCUCUGUGAACUGCUUUAACUACUGAUUUUCUCUGGCUAUCUUUUUUUAUUUAAACAAUAUAUUUUUUAAUGUUUGAUGUGCACAUCUGCUGAUUUUAUGCUAUAAUAGCCGAAACAUUUCUACAAAGGAGGCAAAAAGUCUAAUGUUCCAUGGGAUUAGUUUAGUUUUAUAUUUGGGUCCACUUAAAAAGGUGUUUUACACUGGGUUGGUGAAAGGAUUAGGAAAAUAAAAGGUCUAGUCUCUUCUUAAAAUAUAAGGGGGACUCCAAUGCUACAGAGUAUUACAGUCUAAAAUACUUUGUUUUAUAUAACGGUACGGAAACAUCAGCUAUAUGUGUACCACACAUUCCACAGAAGUACAGCAUGCACACGCAUUUGGGCACACUGUUGCAGAAAUUACAUUUUUCCAUCCCAAAGUUUCUGGAAAAAAGGCAGCUACAUAAUUUUGUGAAAAAAAAAAACAGAAAAAGAAAGCCUAUAUUUGCCUUUUCCCGAAAGUUAUGGUCGCACAUCAUCCUUACAUGAAGGGGUUGUUAGGGGCUUGGUCUUCCUCCUGCAUCAAGAAGACCAUUUAAUGCUCUGUUCUUUUGCAGUACUGUGAUCACUACAGUGAGUAUUCAAUGCAAAAGGUUGUCAGAAUUGUCCUGCACACUAUAUAUGUUGUGAUUAAAUGCAUGAAGGGGUUCACGUAUGAUGAAAGGAUAAAAACACUUGAAUAUGUAUAUGAUUUGUAGAACAGAGAUACAACGUGGUAUCCAUGAUACACAUUUACAGGAUGGUCAUGGCAAGAGUGGAAAGGAGGACUGAACUCAGGAAAAUGGAAUAAAUGGAGCUGAGAAAUCAUGGGUAAUAAAUAGAGUAAUGUAGACCAUCAAACAUAAUAGGCCCAUGAAAUGGAAAGUUGUAGGAUGCCAUGAAGAUUGUCACUUCUGCAGGUUUUAAGUGGGUGUGGGACAGGUGAAUGAAGAGGCAGUUGUGUAGGGCUAUCUAAAUACUCAGGCAGGCUAGAUGCACCAGGGGAUUUUUCUAUUAACUCCAUUGUAUAUUUUGUUACACCAGGAUUAGUUUAGUGUUUAACUGUGUGAGCCUGAACUGCUUUCAUCUGAAUACAAGGUACCAGAUUACAGGUGUAGAUUUUUUUCAUUUUCAGAGCACUUUAGUAUGCUAGAUAUGGACGAAAAGGACUUUAUAAAAAAUAUAUAUAAAUGAAAAGUAUGCCUUUUCUGAUAUAUUUGUAACCAUAAGUAACGUUACAUUUUAUCACACUGUCUGUAUUACAUUCUAUACAACAUGUACAAGUGUAAUGUAACUCUCUGUUUUGCAUACCACAAAAGAUUAGUCUAGAUGUUAGUGAUGUCAUCAGACACAGACGAUGCCAGCCAUGGCUGAUGGGUCUAAACAAGCUUUGAAAAGCUGGAUGGUGUUUCUGUGUAAAAUGUUUCCAAGUCAUAUAAAACCAAAUGUAUGUUAAAAUCAUUUUGACAGUAAUACAGUCUGUCAUAUAUAAGAACACGGGGGCAUUUCUGAAUGUGUUUAUUAAUUGAAUAAUUUUGGUGUUCUUUAAAUAACGGCACACUUAUUUUGUUGCUGUGUCAGUCCUUAAAACAUGACAUAAGAGAAAUAAACAGUCAAAUAAAA